AUGGAAGUAGAGGUAGAUGAAAGGGAUGAACAACUUAAAGACAAAAUAAAAGAAAUGGAGAAAAAACACAGGGAAGAUAACAAAAAUAACCAAGCUUUGGCUGAUUUUACAGAAAAAGAAAUAGAUGCCAUCGUGGACAAUGUCAAAGAAAAUUCUGUCAUGUUGUUUAGCAAGUUUUCUAAUGUUGCUUCAAAUACAAGAAAGAAAGAAGCAUGGAAAAAAGUACAAAACGCGGUAAACGCAGUAUCCUUCACCAACAGAACCACAGAGGAAAUAAAGACAUGGGAUGACAUCAAGAGAGGGACCAAAAAGAAAGCUACAUCUAUUACAAAUGAUCGGGAGAAAACAGGAGGCGGAGUUCCUAGUUUUAUAGCCUUAAAUAAAAUGGAAGAAGACGUUGUAGCAGUUGUUGGGGAAGAAAGAGUAUUUGGUAUCUCAACUGGUUGUGAUACCAUGAAGAGAGAGUGA